UUUGUUUUCGAAUUUCAGGAAGAAGACUCGUGUGUACUGACUGGAGGCUGAUGAGUACUGUAUAGCCUCAUAUCUUUUAAUACAGGAUGAUGGGACCACCAAGAUAUAUAAAAACAGAAUGGAGUGGGCAAGGCAAAGCUGUACUAAGAUUCUGCAGUAAAAGAGAUAAAACUGAUUUCUCUCGUGAUCAACAAACUAAAUGGGCGGGCAAGAUUGAGUGCUAUGUGUCAUCGCUUUAUAUUAGUGAAUAUGAAAGGCAGCCCUCAACUGAUGCUGGGGGGUAUGAUGAUGAUGAGUCUCAACAUUGUACCGAAGAUAUUAAGGCAGAGGUGUAUGAGUGUCCUCCAGGAGUACAACCUGGGGUAAGGAGUUCCUGGGUGGAGCAUUGGGAGGCCUGGAAAGAAGUUUACAUUCCUUUAUCAUGGGUACAUAAAUACAGAGAGCACUGCACCUCAGAGUAUAUAGAGUGGCAUGACUCCUACUUAGAAGAGUAUCCCUGGAUAAUUCCCCAUAUUACUGAUGAGUUAGGACACAGUGAUAUUAGAUUAGAGGAUGCAAGUCGUAACUCAGUAUCUACCAAUGUGAAGAAAGAGGAGUUAGAUGUUCUGUAUGAUAAACAUUCUCAAAAGAGGUAUUGGGUUCACCUCCGUAAUUAUUUGUGCAGUUACGGUGUUGAAGAUAACGGUGAUCUUGAGGAAUUCUUUACUCGGCAAGCUGGUAUACAUUAUGAUGAAGACAGAAUAUGUAACACUAUUAAUGAACAAGGAAUGGAAAAUCAAGUUGAUGCAAACAUAAUUAUUAAUUAUAUGAAUGAACGAGAAAUAGAUAAUCAAGUUGAAGAUGACCAAGGAAUUAUUAAUAAUAAUGAUGACGAAAGCCUGGAAAAUAAUGAGGAAAUGAAUGUGGAAUAUAUUCAUGGACAAUGUUGGCAAGAACAUGACCAAGAGAUUAAUGUUAUAAAAACUGAAGAACAGAAUCAAGAAACUGAUGAGCCAAAAAAGGUCCAGCCUUCUCAAGAAUCAAAAACUGUAUCAGAUGACAUGAGCCAUGACGCUAUACAAAAAUUAGAUGAUGAACAACUAAGUGAGCUUCCAGAAAUGUGUCAACUUGAAGAUUCAAAUGGAGAGGAUGUAAAAGAACAUUGUCAUAGUAAGUUGUCAAGGGAAAAUAGCACUGAAUUGAUUUUGUUAGAACAUAAAGAAAACACUACAAGUAAUUUGAUCAAUAUUAAAGGUAUUCAAGAUGAAAGCAGAAUUGUUUAUGUUACAAAACAACUUGAUGGAGCAGCACAAGAUGAGACCAAGAGUGACUGUGACACUUCUCAGUGUUUUGUUACAAGACAAUUUAAUGACAUGGAGUUAACUACUCAAGUACCUGCUGAGAAUCAGCUUACCUGUGAUGAUGUCUCACAUGUAAGCUCAGUCAUCAGUGAUACUGAUGAAGAGGCAAAAAAACAUAACAGCACUCUUCUGACUACAUCUGACACAAAGAAAGUUGCAAAAACAAAGAAAAGGAAGAAAGCCGGAAAUUCACGUAAUUCUUCAGGUCUGAGUUGGGCUUUAAAGUAUAUUCAGUCGCAGGAUGUUAAAGUACAACACGCUGAUGCAGGUCAUUCCUUAGAAACUGCAUCUGGGCCUACUUGUGACUCAUCAGAUAAUGCAGGGGGUAAAACUUCAGCAUUAGUUUCAGAGCAUCUUGAUCCACCUGUUAACAAAACUCCAUGUGAACCAAGUAUUUGUGGUACUAACAAACCACUUAUGGAUGAAUAUAAUGUUGAUAAAGCUGAAAUAUUAGUCACGCAAGAUGUUGGUGAUUGUGCUGUUACUGACAAUGAAAAAGAAAAUGAAGCUGCUCUGCCUACAAAAGUCUCACAGUAUGUUGUAAAGUGUGCUGUUACUGACCGUGAAAAGGAAAGUGAUAUGUAUUUACACAUAGCAAGUACUAAAGAUGGUGGUGAUAAUCAAAAGACGUUGUGGAGUACAAUAUUAAGCAUACUAGCAACCGGUAAAUUUUUACUGAAAGAAAGUGCAUUCCAUUUUUUAAGUCGCUUCUUCCCUCUGUUCUCAGAAGGAAUUCGUCAGCAGCUGAAUGAGGUCACAUCUGCAGUAUCCUCCUGUACACCUCCCCCGUCUAAGCAACAAUCUCUUCCUCCCAGCAGAUGUGUAGAGCGUGUCAAAGAAAAACGUGAUUUCCGUUGUGAUAAAAAUCACAUUAAGUUAUACAAAUGGCUGCAGCCCCUAGUAUCUACAGAUGGUCUCUCAUUUGCCUCAACUGUAAACAUUGCAGAUGGUGUUACAUUGAAUGAGGUGCGUAUACAGUCAGAUAAACGAGGAGUUCAAAGUGUUUAUCAUUCAGUAGAGAAGACUGUGACGGAAGGUGAUAGAGCACGACUAGAUGUGAGGCUCUUGGACCUAGAUGAUGAUAACAGCACCCAGGUUGAUGAUACUUAUCUUACCAAUGAAGAGAAAAGGGAAGACUGGACAAGAACCCAUAUUACUUAUGAUGAAGAGGGAAAUCCAGUCUCUGUGGCAAAAUUUAUGAGGUUUUCAAUGGCAAAAGAAAACCCGGAGAGAAAAGAGCGGUCAGUGUGGAAGGAGAUCAUUUCAGGGCACCAGUUGGUCAAUUAUGGAAAGAAAAAGGAGUGUCCACCACCUGAUGUCCCCGAAGAUGUGAAAAAGUACUGGGCCCAGAGGCAUCGUUUGUUUAUCAAAUAUGAUGAGGGCAUCAUGCUGGACCAAGAAUCGUGGUACUCUGUGACUCCAGAGAUGAUUGCAGCCCAUCAAGCAUAUAGGUGCAGCUGUGAUGUGGUGGUGGAUGCCUUCUGUGGAGCAGGUGGCAAUGCUAUACAGCUAGCCAAGACCUGCAAUCAUGUGAUAGCCAUUGACAUAGAUCCUGCAAAAAUUGAUCUUGCCCGUCACAAUGCACAAGUGUAUGGGGUGGCAGAUCGCAUUGAAUUCAUCAUUGGAGACUUCUUUCACCUUGUUCCCAAGCUAAAGGCUGAUGUUGUGUACCUCAGUCCUCCGUGGGGAGGAAUAAAGUACCUUCGUGCUGGCAUAUAUGAUGUUAAAAGCUUGGGUGGGGUGCUGAGCUGUGAAGAACUGAUGACUGCUGCUCGUGCCAUCACUACCAAUGUGGCUCUCUAUCUCCCAAGGACGAGUAACUUGUAUCAGAUAAUUGAACUUGCUGGCCCUAAUGGUGCUGUCGACAUAGAGUACAACCACAUGGGAAGAAAGAAGAAAGCUCUCACUGCCUACUAUGGAGGUCUGGUUCAUUAUUGUUGAUCAGGUAUACCCCACUUAACAUACUGGAGAUGUGCUCCAUGAAAGUACUGGUACUGUUACGUGAAAUAUAUUUUCCCGUAGACUUUUAUGCCAUAUAGCGUAUUCCAAUAUACUAAUCAUUGUUGAUUAAAAAAAAGUUAUGAAAAACAUGUUUAGGGUUAAUUUAUUAUGUUUUCGGGAUUUUUCCCCCAAACUUCUGUUUGAACGGUAGUCUCCUCAUUAUGGCAGAGAUUUUUACGGCAGAGAUUUUAGGUAUUUUACUUGCCCUCAAGAUUAUUUCUACCCAACCUCAGAACGAUUUUAAAAUUUUUAGUGAUUCUCGUAGUGCUCUCCAGGCCUUAGCUUGUGUCUCCUCACCCCAUCUCUUGGUUAUAGCUAUUUUACAGUGGUUGUUUCUCAACCAACAUUGGGGCCAGAAAGUCAGUUUUUGCUGGGUUCUGGCCCAUGUGGGGGAGAAGGGGAAUGUUUGUGGUGAAAGCAGCUGGUUCUCACCCUGUGGCACAUCAUUAUCCCUCUACUUGCCUCUGAUAUGAAGCCAGUAAUAAGAGCUGCCACCCACUUGAGUUGGCAGUGCAGGCGGGAUGCAUUCGGAGCAAACAAGCUCCGCGAUCUCCAUCCAGCUUUGGGUGCCUAGGGAUAUCAGGGACUGUCGCACUGCUGGGAGACUGCUUUGUCCUACCUCCACAUCGUUCCACACAUGACUGACUCAUGGUUUUUUAAUGGAGAGGGCGCCCCCUCCCCAUUGUGAUGACUGCCCGGUCCUAUUGACUGUUUGACGCCUCCUGGUGGAGUGCCCCAGGCUCAGAGAUCUUCGUCGUAAACACCUCUCCCAGAACCGAGGAAGAGACGGAUCUUACCAUCUCUCUUUGGUCCUGAGGGAGGGAAUGGGUAGCGUGGGAGGGGACGUCCUCUCCUUCGUGGAGGAAGCGGGCUUACAGAAGAUUUGAGUUUUAUCUAUUAACGUUUAAAUGAUUUUUAUCAAAGGUUUAUGCUAUUCAUAUGUUUUUUACCUCGCAUUAUUUGAUUUUAGUCUUCUAAGCUUUUAUUUUAAUUCUGCGACCUAUGACCUAAGCUGUUACGUCGCCAGAGAUGUAAUUACUGUAUUCACAGUCAAUCAAUCACUCAAUCUUUCUCUUACCAAAGGAAUGCACUUGUAUAUCAGCUUUUGUAAUGAAAGUCUAUGAGAUAAUGUACUUCAAUGUAUGAACCCUUUCAUAAAUUGGUGUCUGCCUGUAUAAAAAUACACAAAUAAAUGUAAGCAUAGAUUAAUAAAAUACAGUAUGAAAUAUU